CGCGUCUUCCCACCAACCCACUAACUUCAACCAAUAACUAUGCCACCAGUUCGCUCUGAAUCUCGGCAGAAAUUAGCCAAUCAAGAGGGCAAGAUCCUAUUAGCCCUAUCUGAUUUACAGGAAGGCCGUAUCCAAUCUAUUCGCGCGGCAGCUAAGCUAUACGAUAUACCUCGCUCUACUCUGCAGGACCGCGCUGAUGGCCGGCUAUCACGCGUUGAUAAACCACCAAAUGGGCGGAAGCUUACUCAAUUAGAAGAGGAUUCGCUUGUUGAAUGGAUAUUCUCUAUGGAUAAACGUGGAGCAGCGCCUAGGAAGGCUACUAUACGCGAGAUGGCCAAUAUCCUACUAGCUGCGCGCGGUAGCCACCCUUCGCCUACCGUUGGCGUGAAAUGGCCAGAUAAUCUUAUUAGCCGUCGCCCUAACCUUCGUAUGCGCGCAUCAAUACGAUAUGACUACCAACGCGCCCUAAACGAAGACCCAAAGCUUCUGCGAGAGUGGUUUCUUACCGUUCAACGCGUUAUCGAUGAGAACGGUAUACAACCGGAGGAUAUCUACAACUUUGAUGAGACAGGAUUUGCAAUGGGCCUUAUAUCUACACAGAAGGUUGUUACGCGGGCAGAAAUGUAUGGCAACGGCCGUCGCCUUCUUCAACCAGGAAAUCGCGAAUGGGUUACUGCGAUCGAGGCAAUUAGCGCUGAUGGCUAUUCGCUCCCGCCAUGCGUGAUUUUUAAAGCUAAGGUUGCUAUCGCUGGUUGGUUUAAUAACCUACCAAAAGAUUGGCGAAUCGAGGUCUCUACGAAUGGCUGGACUAGCGAUGAGAUUGGCCUACGUUGGCUACAAAAGCUCUUUAUCCCAUCAACAAAUUCGCGCGUACGCGGCCGAUUUCGGCUAUUAAUCCUUGAUGGUCAUAGUAGCCAUCUUACACCUCAAUUCGACCGAAUCUGCGCAGAAAACGACAUUAUACCUCUUUGUAUGCCUGCGCAUGCGUCGCAUCUAUUACAGCCAUUAGAUGUUGGCUGUUUUGCAGUGGUCAAAAGGGCAUACGGUCGCUUUGUGAGCGAUCUUGCCCGUCAAGGAUAUAACCAUAUCGAUAAAUUCGAUUUCUUAGAGGACUACCAACGCGCGCGGCUAGAGGCCUUCCAAAAACCAUCAACUAUUCAAAAUAGCUUCGCAGCCACUGGUCUAGUACCAAUCGAUGCAGAAAGGGUCCUUUCAAAGCUGAAUAUCUCUCUACGAACGCCUACGCCACCAAACAGCCGGCCAAGCAGCAGAUCUAGCCAAUUCACACCAAAAACGCCUAGGACCGUCCCCCAGCUAUUCAAGCAAGCUUCUUUGUUAAAAGAUCUAUUAGAUCAGCGGUCGCAAAGCCCUCCAAGCCCGAUCAAAACCGUGGUGGAUCAGAUGAUUAAGGGUGGCUAUCUAGCUUUGCAUACCGCUGCCCUACUUAGCCAGGAGAACGCCAAUCUACGCAUAGCCAAUGAGAAGAAGCGCCAGAAACGCCAGCGGUCAACUAGGCAGAUACCCUGCGAAGAGGGCCUAUCUGUUGAAGAAGCUAUACAGCUAGUUGGGCAGCUAAACCAGCCAGUGGAAGGUGAUAGGGUAGGAUCGCAUGAGCAGGGCGAAUUGCCUAAUCAGGCAAUUCAACCACGCCCUAGGGCGCCGCCUAGAUGUAGUGGGUGUGGGCAGAUUGGCCACAAAAUCAAUCGAUGUAUUAAUCUUUAGUAUUAGAAAAUUGAAUGCGUUUUGGUAG